AUGCCUAGUCCAACAGAUUUUGGUUUCCGGCAAGUAUUUCCCAGAUGGUUACCGAUAGUCAUAGGUGUUAUCGAAGUUGUGUGUGUUGCUGUUAUGUUUAUUACUGAAUUGGGCAACGUGGGAAGUAAUUUCUGGGUUACAAAUGUUUUCGCUGGUGGUUGGUGUGGUUGUGUUUUGAUUAUACAUUUUCUUUCAUUGUUUAUUGUUGGUUGUUGUGCCCCAAGUCCAACCAUUGGUCUCGUCGUAUUGAUUAUUUCAGUUGUCGCGCUUGUCGCUUGCAUCGCAUUAAUAACGUUUGAUGCUGUUUUUAUUGCUUUACCAUCGACAUGUAUUUUAACACCAAGCUGUUCGAGUUAUGCUUCGUCAACAUCGAUGUUUAGUUAUUACUUUCGAAACUCUUUCUUCAGUACCUUUAGACAACUUAGUCCAUUCACAAAUUAUACCGAAACUCAAGCAAAAUUUCUCUUUCAAAUCGUUCAACUAAGUGUCGGAGCCUUGUGCGGCAUUCUUUGUGUUGUAUACAUUAUUGUUUAUAUCAUAACAAGAAGUAAAGCUUCAAGAAUAGCUCCAGCUUCUUAUCAAAACAACAACUAUCCUGCACCUCAACCAAAUUAUGCUCCGCGGCAAUCAGUUUACAAUGGUAAUCAACCAAAACCAACUGCACCACAAGCUGUUCGAAAUCCUCAAGGUGAUACGUAUUGA